AUGAGUUGUCGUACUUGUGCUCGUAGUCGACCUAACUCUCAUGAGCCACUCAUCCCGUCAGAAAUUCCUACUCGUCCAUGGAGUAAGGUAUCCACUGACCUGUUUGAAAUCAAUUCAAGUCCAUACCUGCUUGUCAUAGACUACUACUCGAAGUACAUCGAGAUAGCCAAACUCUCCAGUACAACUUCAGCAUGUGUUGUAAACCAUCUGAAAUCCAUCUUUGGAAGACAUGGAAUUCCUGAUAUCGUCGUCUCUGACAACGGUCCUCAGUACUCGUCGUACACCUUCAAGACUUUCUCAGAGGACUACCGUUUCAAUCACAUCACGAGCAGUCCGAGAUAUCCUCAAAGCAACGGAGAAGCCGAAAGAGCUGUCAAAACCAUCAAACAGACUUUGAAGAAAGCGACUGACCCAUAUUUGGCAUUGCUAACUUACAGAAGUACGCCUCUGCAAUGUGGUUACAGUCCAGCGCAGUUGUUGAUGGGACGUAAUCUACGUACAACUCUUCCUGUUCAUCCAUCACAACUUGAACCUCAUUUGCCUUCUUCACAAGAAGUUGAUUCAUCUUUCAAGCAAUCUAAACAGCGACAAAAGUCUGACUACGACUCACGUCACAGAAGUCGCAAUCUUCCACCAGUAAAGGAGGGAGAUAAGGUGUUAGUUGAUGAUCCUGAAGCAACUCGGGAAGCCGAAGUAUACAAGAAAGCAAACACUCCACGUUCUUACUACGUGAAGUCAGGCGACAAUCUCCUGAGAAGAAAUCGAAAACAUCUUGUAUUGUUGCCACCACAACUGCAGUCAACUUCACAUCGCUCAGAACUACUUCAAUCUCCAGUCUCCACUCAGCCACAGUCAAGCAGUGACAUUCCUCCAAACAGUACAGUCACCAGAUCAGGAAGGGUGUCCACCAAGCCAAACAGACUUGACCUGUAG